GUUUGUUCGUCAGAAACAACUCAAAAUUCUUGUGAUAAUGUUAAACAAAAAAUGAAAGAAAUUAAAAGAUAUAUCAUAAUAUGCCCAAAAGAGAAAUCAUCCAAAUCCACAUUGGACAGGCCGGGGUACAAAUUGCUAACGCAUGUUGGGAACUUUACUGUCUUGAGCAUGGUAUAACAGUCGAUGGGAGAGUGGUGGGCGACUCCCCAUGCCACUACGAUGAUAGUUUCAGCGCCUUCUUCUCAAUUUCGGCAGCAGGUAAAGCCGUACCUAGAACCUUGAUGAUCGACUUGGAACCGACUGUUAUAGAUGAGAUAAGAACAAACUACUACAAGCACUUAUUCAGACCAAAUACUUUGCUAACAGGAAAAGAGGAUGCUGCUAAUAAUUUCGCGAUUGGCUAUUACUCUCAUGGAGCUGAGAUGCUGCCAUUAGCUAUGGAUACACUAAGAGUGCUAGCGGAAGAAUGCAACAAUCUUGAAGGUUUACUAUUAUUUAGAUCAUUUGGUGGCGGAACAGGUUCAGGUUUGACAUCUUUAUUCCUAGAAAAUAUAGCCAAAGAUUAUAGAAAGUUAUCUAUAUUAGAAUUUGGUAUAUUUCCAUCACCAAGAGUAUCGCCUGUUAUAGUAGAACCGUAUAACACAGUGCUAACAAAUCACACCAGUAUGGAAUACGAAGAUUGUUGCUUUAUUUUGGAUAAUGAAGCAUUAUACGACAUUCUAUCGAGAAAAUUGGACAUUCAAAACCCGACUUACACUAAUCUAAACCGUCUACUGGCUCAGGUAGUGUCAGGCACAACGGCCUCUCUAAGAUUUGAAGGUUCUGUAAAUGUAAGCUUAACAGAAUUCCAAACAAACCUUGUUCCAUAUCCACGCAUACAUUUUCCUCUAAUCACAUAUGCUCCUAUAGUCGGAGGAGCAAGGGCAGCACAUGAACAAUUCACUAUUGGACAACUAACAAAUUCCUGCUUCGAACCUGCAAAUCAAAUGAUAAAAUGCGAUCCCAGAAAUGGAAGUUAUAUUUCCACAUGUUUUCUAUAUCGUGGCAAUGUUAAUCCUGCGGAAAUAAACUCUUCCAUUAACAGUAUAAAAUCAAAACGUUCUAUUAAGUUUGUGGAUUGGUGCCCUACAGGUUUUAAGGUUGGAAUUAACUACAUGCCACCUACUACAGUGCCUGGAGGCGAUUUGGCACCAACGCAGCGGGCUUGCGUAAUGAUUUCUAAUAGUACUGCCAUCAAGGAGGCAUGGGAAAGAGUUGUGGGUAAAUAUGAAAUGAUGUAUAAGAAAAGAGCGUUCUUUCAUCAUUAUAUUGGGGAAGGAUUAGAAGAAGGACAGUUUAGCGAAGCCAGAGAAAAUUUAAAGGAUUUAAUACUUGAUUAUAAAGAAGUAGAUACCUAAAAAUAAACGUCAAUAUUUUAUAUCAAACUUAAACUUGUUUUUGUAAACCAAUGUAGAUUAAGGAUAUUAAAAAUCGUC